ACAUGGCAGCCGCCUGUGACAAACGUGUAACGUUAGUUUGCAUGGGGUAUUUAGUUCGCUACAUGAAUUUACCUCCAAGGUUUUAGGCAAAUUGUUGUGACUACUUAUUUUUGAAAUACUGAAGUGGGGACAGACGUCCUGCACAAUUUGAUAUAUAUUUGAAUAGUAGAUAUUCUAGCUAAUGCUAGACAAAUUAUCAGUCUAUUUCGCGGCGCACUAAAUAGCGAAUCCUUUUGUAAAUAGACAGCUAUGGCUGUUUCAACAUUAUUCGUACGAAAUUUGCCUGCAUCCGCCUCUAAUAGUCGAUUGGAGGAAAUAUUUUCCGAAAUCGGACCAUUGAAACACUGUUUUGUUGUAAAAGAAAAGGGUACAGAGAAAUGCCGGGGAUUGGGGUAUGUGACCUUCUCCAUGGAGGAGGACUCGCAAAGGGCUCUGAGGGAAAUCAAGGAAUUCGACGGACAGAAAAUCUCAGUGGUUGUAGCGAAGAAGAAACAGAACAAGAGAAAAGGAGCGCUGAAACAGCAAACUCCAGAAGAGCACAAACCUAAAGGAUUGAAAAAAAACAGGAAGAAGGCCAGGCUCAUCAUUAGAAACCUCAGCUUUAAGUGUUCUGAGGAGGACCUGAGACAGGUGUUCUCCGGGUUUGGAACGGUCCUGGAGGUGAACAUUCCACUGAAACCAGAUGGGAAAAUGCGUGGCUUUGCCUUCGUCCAAAUGAAAAACGUGCUGCAGGCUGGAAAAGCCCUGAAUGCUACAAAUCUGAAGGAGAUCAAAGGCAGACAGGUGGCUGUAGACUGGGCAGUUGCUAAGGACAAGUUUGUUGCCACUCAGGUGUCGUCCUCCACAGGAGCUAUGGAAGAGGCCAAGGAAGAGGUCGAGGAAAGCGAGGAAGAAUCUCAAGAGGAGGAAGAGGAAGAGGGGGGAGAGCAGAGCGCUCGGCCCCUGGGUGAUGUGGCUGCAGGCCUGAGCGUUCUGUUUCUCAGGCAGCAGCAGAGGCAGGAGGGGAGCAGCAGUGAGGCUGAGAGCUCUGAGAACGCCAGCGAGGAGGAGGAGGAGGAGGAGGAGGAAGAGGCUGAAUCUGUAGAGGCAGACUCCAAUCACAGCAACUAUGGAUCUGAUGAAGAUGAGGAGGCUGAUGAAGAUGGCAACAGUGAUGAUGAUGAUGGUGAUGAUGAUGAUGAAGCUGAAGAGCGUCCUGCCAAGAAGAAGCCCCUGCCGUCAGACGUGAAAGAGGGGAAAACUGUCUUUAUCAGAAACCUGUCCUUCGAUACAGAGGAGCAUGGCCUGGAGGAGAUGCUCUUGCAGUUCGGGGAGCUGAAGUACAUCCGCAUCGUGCUGCAUCCAGACACCCAGCACUCCAAAGGCUGCGCUUUUGCCCAGUUCAAGACCAAAGAGGCAGCAGAGAAGUGCAUUGCUGUAGCACAGGAAGAGUCUGAGGAUGGGGGUCUUCGGGUGGACGGGCGACGGCUGAGCAUUGUUAGAGCUGUGAGUCGCGAGGACGCCGUGAAACUGAAGGAGAAGAAAGUGAAAACGCACACAGGGACCAGGAACCUGUAUCUGGCCAGGGAGGGCUCGAUCCGUGCAGGAACCAAGGCAGCCGAAGGCGUGUCAGCAGCAGAUAUGACCAAGAGAGCAAGGUUUGAAGAGAUGAAGCGUGUGAAGCUGCGGGACAUAAAUGUGUUCGUGUCAAAGACGCGGCUGUGUGUCCACAACCUGCCCAAGUCUGUGGACACCAAGCAGCUGCGUGCUCUGAGCCUGAAGGCGGCCGGCACUGGGAAGGCUGUGCGUGUCUCCGAGUGCCGUGUGAUGUACGACAGGAAGCCCCAGGGCGGAAAGGUCAUGGGACGCUCUCUGGGGUACGGCUUCGUUCAGUUCCAGGAGCACGAGCACGCCCUCAACGCCCUGCGACACCUCAACAACAACCCAGACAUCUUCGGCCCACUGAAGAGACCCAUUGUGGAAUUUUCUCUGGAAGAUGGCCGAAAGCUAAAAAUGAAAGAAAUCCGAGCACAGCAGAAUAGGCAGCGUGUGCAGAGGAGUGGGUCAGCGGGCCGAGAGGAACCGCAGCCGGCAGCAGGGUCCGGGGGAGGAGGAAGCGGAGCCGCGGCGGGGGGCAGCCAGUACUCUGGCUUCAGGACCAGGCCAGAGGUAGAGGAGGUGGAGCUGCCGGACGGGAAGAAGCGCAGGAAGACCCUGCCAUUGCCCUCGCACCGCGGGCCGAAGAUCAGAAAACGUGACCAGGGGAAAGCGCAGCCCCUGCAGCCCAAGAAGAGGGAGGCGAGGCUCAGCAGGAAGGAGCGUGCAUCUGGCCUCUCUCCGCCCGGGAAGCGGGCUGCUAAAAUCCUGAAGAAAGGGUUGAGGAAUAAGGAGGACGAGCACUUUGACAGUCUCGUGGAGCAGUACAAGAAGAGGGUUAUGGGAAAUCCCAAGAAGUCCAUUGUGAAGAAGAGCAAGUGGUUUAGCAGCUGAAGCCUCAGUACUGCAGUGUGUAUGUGUGUGUCCAUGGAUGCAUGUUGUG